CCCACUGCCUGGAUCUCCGCUUCCCUCCGCGUGUCCCGCUUCGGCCGGUGAGGAUCGGCGCUGGAUCCCUCGGGAGAGCUUUCUGCAUUACGCUCGCGUCAGAUAAAAGAUUGCGACCAGAUUUACCUGCAAGUCAACCUGUCAACAGAGAGUAGAAAAAUCAGUGCAAGACAGCAGUCACCAGAAAGGAUGGAGCCUGGGAAACUCUUGGAUCCCGCAUCAGACACAAGCAACAGUCCGGAAAACCACCAAAAACCUCAUGAAUGCUCAGAGUGUGGGAAAUCUUUUGCUCGCAGGUCCCUCCUUUUGACCCACUGGAAGGUCCAUGUGGGAAGUGGAUCCAGUAAAGAUCAUGAGGGUGAGAAAGACGCCAAAGAUUUCAGAAGCUCCUCAAGACGAAAACCCUAUAAAUGUGCUGAAUGUGACUUAUGCUUUGCUCGAAAGUCAGACCUUCUUACACAUCAGAAAAUCCACACUGGAGAGAAACCUUAUCAAUGUCUGGAAUGUGGGACAUUUUUCGUGAAAAAACCACUCUCAGAAACCACAAGAGAAUUCACACAGGGGAGAAACCUUACAACUGUUGGGAAUGUGGGAAGAGCUUUUCUCGGAACUCAAGUCUUUGGGCCCAUGAGAAGGUUCAUGCAGGAAUCAAAUCUUACAAGUGCUUUGAGUGUGGGAAAUGUUUCAUACAGAGUUCAAGUCUUCGGAAACAUCAGAAAACACACACAGGGGAGAAAAACGAAAAGUGCCUCGAAUGUGGGAAAUGUUUUACCAAGAAAUCAUCCCUGGUGCGACAUCAAAAACUUCACACUGGAGAGAAACCCUAUGAAUGCCCAGAAUGUGAGAAGCGAUUUAUAUAUUCCUAUGAACUUCGGAGACACCAGAAGUGGCACAAAGAGGAGAAACCCCAUGAAUGUGGGGAGUGUGGGAAAAGUUUUUUUUCCUCAGGAGAUUUUCAGGUUCAUCAGAGAAUCCACACAGGGGAGAAACCCUACAAAUGUGAGGAGUGCGGGAAAUGCUUCUCCCAAAAAGCAAACCUUGGAACCCAUCAGAGGCUCCACACAGGAGAGAAGCCAUACAGCUGCGUAGAAUGUGGGAAAUGUUUCACUCAAAAGGGAGACCUUUGGAGACAUCAUAAAACCCACACAGGAGAGAAGCCAUUCACCUGCAUAGAAUGUGGAAAAUGUUUCACUCAUAAGGGAGAUCUUUCGACACAUCAUAGAACCCACACAGGGGAGAAGCCACAUCAAUGCUAUGAAUGUGGAAGAUUUUAUCGUACCACAUCGGCCCUUAGAAGUCAUGUGAAAACUCACACAGGGGAAAAAAACUACAAAUGCUUAGAUUGUGGGAAAGCAUUUGCCCUUUCAUUUCACCUCAGAAAUCACAGCCGAAUCCAUACAGGAGAGAAGCCCCAUAAAUGCUCAGAGUGCGAUAAAAGCUUUUCUCAAAAAAAGUCUCUUUUGAAGCAUCAGCAAAUCCACACUGGAGGAAAAAAACAAAUGCCUGGAGAGUGAGAAAUGUUUUGUACUUCACACCCACACCCAACAUCAACAAAUUUCACACACAGUGACGGAAGAGAAAUCCUACAAUGGUUUAGUGUGGGGAAAAUGUUUUUCGUAGUCAAAUAAUCUUAAAUGUCCAUCUGAGUGUGCACAGUGGGGCAAAAGGCCAUAAACAUCGGCAGUGUGAGCAGGUUCACAAAGCAGCAGCACUAGUAACACAACACAAGAAUAACUCUUGAUGUCUUGAAUAACACAAGAGAAAAACAUUUCAGGUGUUGGGGAAGCACAGGUAGACCUUGACUUAUGAUCACAAUCAUGAACGGAUUUUGCACUCGUAAGUUGUUGUAGAUGCCAGUUAAGACUCGGGGUGCAUUGCAGGCCCUUAUCUGCCGUGGGAGCUCUCGUAUUCACAUGGAAGAGACCCCAAGAGACAGGAGAUAGGAUUAAAAAGUAAAACUUUUAAGCUUUCAUGGAAGUUUUGUUCCCAUGGGAACUGUGUCUUCUGAUUGAACAACCUUAAGAAAAUUAUUUGCACUGCCCUAUGGCAGAUUCUGAAUUUCUCUGGGGUGCACUUUUCCCACAUGGAUCACCCCAGAUUUUCUAGCCUCCAAACCCCCUGAAAGAAGGUCUUGCAGUCCCCGCAUCUCGCGGGUUCCUCUUGAGGACAAUUGAAUAAUGGCACGGGACCGGGAUACUUACGGGACCACCUGCUGCCGCCAGUUACCUCCCAUCGUCCGGUGCGUCCAGUCCGCUCCCACAGGGAGGGCCUCCUUAGGGUGCCGUCGGCCAACCAAUGUCGGCUGGCGGCCCCCAGGGGAAGAGCGUUCUCUGUGGGGGCUCCGGCCUUGUGGAACGAUUUGCCGGUGGGACUCCGUCUUCUCCCUGAUCUUCGGACCUUUAAGCGCGAGCUCAAGACCUUCUUUUUUCACCAAGCGGGGCUGGCCUGAUUGAUUUUAAUAUUGUGGGUUUUUAGUGGGCUUUUAAAUCGGGGUUUUAUUCUAUUUUUGUAAUUUUCUUAAUUAAUAUUUUUAACCUACAGCGAUUGAAUUAGAUUUUUAAACUGGAUAUUGUAUUUUAAAUUUUUGGAUUAUUGGUGUUUUAUCUGCUGUACACCGCCCUCAGUCUUCGGAGAAGGGUGGUAUAAAAAUUUGAAAAAUAAAUAAAUAAAUAAAUAAAUAAAUAAAUUUUUCCUGGGCGAGAAAGAGAAGAGGAAGGGUGAAGAGGAAGUCAAACCAAAUCUUUCUUGAUGAUUUAACCAAAAAUAAUUCUUCUUUUUUUUUACCUCAUUUCUGGGUAUCUAAAUAAAGAGUUAUUAUUUCAGGUAAUGUUUAAUAGGUUUCAAUUUUGUUACUAUUAUUUGGUAAUGUUUAAUUUUUAUGAGGAGAAUUUGGAAAGGGGGAUUAUAUACUUAAUGUCAUUAAGUUCUUUUGUUAAUAUUUGCUGCAUAUUUCUUGGUCAGGAGGGAGAGCUGAAGAUUUAGAGAUAUGUUUGUAGGAAAUGGGAUCAGGUAUAGAAUGAAGACGCACCUGGUUGUAAUUGAAGAGACACGGGUGGGUUCUACUUACCUUUACUACUGGUUUGCAACUGGAGUGGCGGUGCACUCUUGCUUCGCUCACGUGUGCAUGCGCAGAAGCUUCUGCACAUGCACAGAUUGUCUAUGAUGACAUCCGGGUCGGUGGACGGAGCCUCCCGCCAGGUUUACUACCGGUUCACAAGAAUCGGACCGAACCGGGAGCAACCCACCACUUGAGAGACAGUGAUAUCACACACUCAGGAUUCAUUGGGAGCACAGGUUACUUAGCACAUACGUGACUUUGAACUAUGCAAAAUUUGGUUUAGUGUGAGUUGUAAAUGGAUACCAGGUUGCCCUUCAUGUGACCCAAAAUUCAGUUAAUGUCAGGAUUUUAUAGGUGCAAUUAAGGCUACUGUGUGUAUUGUUAUGGUUUUAACCAAAAAUUUCUUUUUUAAAGUAUAUUUUCUUCAUUACUGUGAUGUUUCAUUAUUAUUCAUAUAUCAUGUUAUAUUAAACAUUUUUCUUGCCUAUUUGUGGCCAAUUACUCUAUUUUUCAUCUCUUCAAAUAGUCUAAGUCGAAUUCAAUGUUUUUGUGGGAUUUACUAAUCGCACUAAUAGAGAUCUACCUUAAUUCCUCAGGAGCCCUUAAUCCUGGUUUAUUCUCUCCUUCUCCUCCAUCCUCCAUGAAAUGGCAUCUCCUCCCCAGCUGAAUGCAGCACAAUGUUUUCCUCGCUGUUUUACUUGGGAAGUGGACUUUUCUCCCUUGAUCCCAUAGAAAUCUCCUUUGUGACAUCAUUGCUGAUGUGCUCAGAAGCUGGGAUCAGCUGGACUCCUAUUGG